AUGGAAGGGGAAUCUUACCACAAUACAACCACUGUCAAUGGCACCCCGGUAAGUCACCAGCCUUUGGAACGCCAUAGGUUGUGGGAAGUCAUCACUAUUGCGGCUGUGACUGCUGUGGUAAGCCUGAUCACGAUUGUGGGCAACGUCUUAGUCAUGAUCUCCUUCAAAGUCAAUAGUCAGCUGAAGACUGUGAACAACUAUUACCUGCUCAGCUUAGCCUGUGCAGAUCUCAUCAUUGGGAUCUUCUCCAUGAACCUCUACACCACCUACAUCCUCAUGGGACGCUGGGCGCUUGGCAGUCUGGCUUGUGACCUCUGGCUCGCCCUGGACUACGUGGCUAGCAACGCUUCCGUCAUGAACCUUCUGGUGAUCAGUUUUGACCGUUACUUUUCUAUCACCAGACCUCUGACAUAUCGGGCCAAACGUACCCCAAAAAGGGCUGCCAUCAUGAUUGGCUUGGCCUGGCUGAUCUCCUUCAUCCUUUGGGCCCCAGCGAUCAUCUGCUGGCAGUACCUGGUUGGAGAGCGGACGGUACCACCAGAUGAGUGCCAGAUCCAGUUUCUGUCCGAGCCCACCAUCACCUUCGGCACUGCCAUUGCUGCCUUCUACAUCCCCGUUUCUGUCAUGACGAUCCUCUACUGCCGAAUCUACAGGGAGACAGAGAAACGGACCAAGGACCUGGCUGACCUCCAGGGCUCUGACUCCAUGGCGGAAGCAGAGCCAAGAAAGCCGGCUCAUAAGUCUCUGCUGACAUCCUGCUUUAGCUGCCCUCAACCCACCCUGGCCCAGAGGGAAAGGAACCAAGCCUCCUGGUCAUCCUCCCGCAGGAGCACCUCCACACCUGGGAAGCCGUCCCAAACCACGGGCCCAAGCACCGAGUGGGCCCAAGCCGAGCAGCUCACUACCUGUAGCAGCUACCCUUCCUCGGAGGAUGAGGACAAGCCUGCCACAGACCCUGUCUUCCAAGUAGUCUACAAGAGUCAGGCCAAGGAAAGCCCGAGGGAAGAAUUCAGUGCCGAAGAGACCAAGGAGACGUUUGUGAAAGCUCAAGCUGAAAAAAAUGACUAUGACACCCAAAAAUAUUUCUUGUCCCCCGGUGCUGCUCAUAGACCCAAGAGUCAGAAAUGUGUGGCCUAUAAGUUCCGGCUGGUGGUGAAAGCUGAUGGGACCCAGGAGACCAACAACGGCUGUCACAAAGUGAAAAUCAUGCCCUGCUCCUUCCCAGUGUCCAAGGACCCUUCGACGAAAGGCCUGGAUCCCAGCCUCAGCCAUCAAAUGACCAAACGAAAGAGAAUGGUCCUCGUCAAGGAGAGGAAAGCAGCCCAGACCUUGAGUGCCAUUCUCCUGGCCUUCAUCAUCACCUGGACCCCUUACAACAUCAUGGUCCUGGUUUCCACCUUCUGUGACAAGUGUGUCCCGGUCACCCUGUGGCACUUGGGCUACUGGUUGUGCUAUGUCAACAGUACUGUCAACCCCAUUUGCUAUGCCCUCUGCAACAGAACCUUCAGGAAGACCUUUAAGAUGCUGCUCCUCUGUCGGUGGAAAAAGAAAAAAGCAGAGGAGAAGUUGUAUUGGCAAGGGAAUAGCAAGUUCCCCUGAAGAGUUAAUGACUCCCCUCAAAAGAGUAACCGCAGCCAAUUUCUUCUGAGGAUGGGUGAGCUCAUUCAGGUGUAUUUAUUUUCAAAAAAAGACAUCUGUCAUUUUGGGCACCCAAGGAUUUCGUAAAGGCUUGAAAUCUGUCACCAAAAGAAAGGAGUCAGAGCUGCCACAAGUACGGCCAUAUUGAAUGAUUCUUGCCUAUGACCAAGGUCACCUGAUGCCACUGGAGUUUGCUGCUGAAGUGAAGAGACAGACGUGUGUCCCUUCACAGGAGGAGGAAUGCCGGGUCACAGUGAACAGUGAUGUAGGGAACUUUUGCUCCCUGUCCUUUGGGAGCAGCAGGGACUGGGUAGAAAUCUUCCCUGUGGUAAAGUGUAUUGAGGUUUGGGGCAAUAUAUAUGUGUCUAUGAAGUUGUCUCCUAUCAGUGAGAACUGGGAGACUGUCACCUGUUACCAAGAGUGAUGUUCAGUCGGCUUCUAAGACUCUUAUUUGUUUAUAAACUGAUCAGUAUUAUGCAGCUAUUAGGUGUUCUAUGCUGUGGUAUGUUUUUCUGUCCCUACAUCUGAGUGAGGCUCUACUCUUUCCUUUCACAACCCAUGCCAAUUCCAGGUACCCACUGAAACCAUGCUGGUCCCUAUGUUACCACCCUUUCUCUCAGAAUUCUGGGUCUGGAAGGAUACUGAAACCUGAUCCCACCUGGUCCUAUAGAGGGGCCUCUACUCUGCUCAUUAAGAUGGUCCAGUGGGAAUUUUACCAGUGGGAUUUUUUUUUCAUUUUAUCUAAACAAAUACUGUGUAUUCUAUUUUGUGCCCAUGUGGGUCUAAUUAUUUAUUCUCUGUUCUAAGGAAGACUACUUCACUGCAUAAAGAUCUUCUCUGGGCUAUUUAAUCACAAUUUCUUUGUUUUCAGAGGGCUUACUUUCUAAUCUCUACCCAAGGCCAACCUGAGUCAAAAUGCAGAAAACAAAUUUGGUUUUACUCCAUUCUUCCGAAAUUCUUCCAGAACUCUUUUGCCUGCUCCUAUUUCCCUCAUCCAGACAUAGGUCACAACCAGGCACAAUCAGGUCACUGUGCUGUCUCCAGCCAGAAAUGCUGUUUGGAGGGACAGCAGGGGAAAGGCUUUCUUUUUUUCUUUUCUUUUCUUUUUCUUCUUCUUUUUUUAAAAAAUAGGUCCUUCGGAUCGCGGCUCAGAAAUGACUUAGUCAUUCCUCUCCUAAUUCACUGGCAAAGAUGAGAAGCUCGGAAAAGCACAGCUGAGGGCCAGUAGAGCUGGCUAUAGUCAUUAAAAAUGAAGGCCUCAUCUUGGAA